AUGAAUUACUCCAACGAGCCAGAAUCCUACAAAGCCAAAGUCAUACAAGCUUUGCUCAACGAAGAAGAAGAUCCUCAUGAAGGUAUCGAAUGGACGACGCUUGAAGACUUCAUGGCCGAUAUUUUGCCCACCCGAGCCGAACUCAAAGUGCCCACGACGAAAGCCAAGCACCCUUCGGCACCUUCAGAGGAAAAGCUUCGAUCAAUAAAGACUAUCCUCGAGGAGAUGAGAAAGAACAAAGAAAACCGAGUCGAUCUCGUACAAACAUCGAAGAACAUCCAGCGAACAGAUGACGGCUUCUCGUUCAAACCGAACUCAAAAAAUCAAGAGUAA